GUGAGACGGUUCCCCACGGUUCUGCUUCUCCUCUCUAUCCUGUUCCUGUUCCUGUUCCUGUUCCGUGUUUGUCGAAGAAGAAAAAUAGGGAUUGUUUUGUUUUUUUGGAGUCAAAAAAAAAAAGGGAAAGGAAAGAGUCUAAGUUGUAGAAUAUAUGAAUGGGAACUGCAUCAUCGGUUAUGGAGGUUCUUCUUCUCGAUUUUCUGAUGCUUUUUUCCAAAGGUACUCCUUGAAGAUCCCAUUUGAUUUUCGUUUUGGAUCUCUUUUUUUCUGAACAUCAAGAAUUUUUUUCCUUUUAAAUUUUUAGAAUAUUGCUUUAAAAGAUAUACUUUUUUUUUGUGUGUGGAGGAUUUAUGGAGAUCCCUGGGCUAGGGUUAGAUAUAAUUUUCCUUUAGCAUUUUUUAAAUUGUGAAAGUCUUUUUUUUUUUUUUUCCAAGAAAGUAGCGAAAAUUUCUAGGCUGGGAUUUUAAUUUUUAAGUGGGUGUGUGAGGAUUGUGUCAUCUGAUUUAUAAAUCUAGGGUUUUGAUAGUGGUGAAUUGAUAGGAAGAAGGUUUGUGUGUGUGCGUGUGUGUGCUAAGGUUGUUUUGUUGAAUUGUUCAUGGGAUUGGCAACAUUAAACGGAGCAGAAAUAAAACUCAUGAGGUAAAAUGGGUGAUUCUCUUCUCACCUGUCUGUCAAUGGAGAAUCAUCACCCGUCAACUCUCUUGUCCAUGGAUUCAAGUGUAAGUGUAUCUCCUCAUGAGGAACUGGAUUUGGAGAUGAAUCCACAAAUCAUUCUUUCACGUCCUCCUGAUAUCAAUUUGCCCCUCUCAGCAGAGCGAAGCCCGCCUCCACAGCCAUGGAAUUCUGAUCCAUGUGAUAUUUUAGAUGUUGGUCUUGGUACUCAAGGAUAUGAGACUGAGAGUUUUCUCAACCUUCCCAAAGCUGGAAGGAAAUGCACCAAGCGAGUUGAUAGCAUAUGGGGUGCUUGGUUUUUCUUCAGAUUUUACUUUAAGCCCGUGUUGCAUGAAAAAUCCAAGGCCAAGGUUAUCAGGGACAGCAAUGGUGUUUCAGGGUUUGAUAAAUCUGAUCUUAAGCUUGAUGUUUUCAUGGUUCAACAUGACAUGGAAAACAUGUAUAUGUGGGUUUUCAAGGAGAGGCCGGAAAAUGCAUUGGGUAAGAUGCAGCUGAGGAGUUACAUGAAUGGGCACUCUCGCCAAGGGGAGCGCCCGUUUCCUUUUAGUGUUGACAAGGGUUUUGUUCGAUCCCACAGGAUGCAACGAAAGCAUUAUAGAGGGCUUUCAAACCCGCAAUGUGUCCAUGGCAUUGAGGUUGUUCCAUCACCCAAUCUGAUGGGUCUCGAUAAGGAUGAGCAGAAAAGGUGGAUGGAACUCACCGGCAGAGAUUUGAAUUUCAAGAUCCCUCCUGAAGCAAGCGACUUCAGUUCGUGGAGAAAUCUUCCCAACACGGACUUUGAGCUUGACAGACCACCUCACCCAGUUAAGAGUGCUGCGAAUCCUCAUCCUAAGAAAUUGCUUAACGGAUCUGGGCUGAAUUUGUCAACUCAUCUGUCUAACCAUAGUAAUGGUGAUGGCAUUGAUCUAUCUCCUGUCAAUGGCAAGAAGAGGAAGGAUUUUUUUCUUUAUGGGAAUGACGAAGAAUGUUACUUGGCUGUUAAUACUCCAUCUGAUCGGAUUCCAGAUAUAGAAAUGCACCCAAGUGAACCACAUUGGUUGAGUGACUUCAGUGGGGUGAUGAAGAAUGUUUGUGGACCUGUUACGGCUGCAAAAACUAUCUAUGAGGAUGAACAAGGUUACUUGAUUAUUAUCAGUUUACCGUGUGUGGAUCUUCCGAGCGUGAAAGUUUCUUGGAGGAAUACUCUCACUCAUGGUAUCAUAAAAGUUUCUUGUGUGAGCACAUCUGGGAAGCCAUUUAUCAAGAGACAUGAAAGGACGUUCAAGCUUACAGAUCCAUCAUCAGAGCACUGUCCUCCUGGGGAGUUUGUUCGUGAAAUCCCUCUUUCAACUCGAAUUCCCGAAGAUGCCAAUAUAGAAGCAUACUAUGAUGGGCCAGGAUCGGUGCUUGAGAUCAUGGUGCCAAAACUUCGUGAGGGACCAGAAGAGCAUGAAGUUCGUGUUUGCCUUCGCCCUCAUCUUGGAGGGAAUGAUCUUAUGUUGACUUGAUUUGGGCAUUUGUUAAAAAUUAUUGGGGUUGCAAGCAUGGUCCGUAAAUUAUUGUUUUACUAACUUUGUACCUGUGUAAUCUACAAUACAAAUCUAUUUUUUUUUUCUUACUAAUUGCGAUGUUUCUUUUUUUUUGGUCCAUGCAUCUAUUAGCUUUUGAUUGUAAUCAUUCUUUAUCUUUUAACAUCCAUUCCUGAUCAUUGAUAUGAAAUUGUUAAAUAUCAACUUCCUUUUA